UUCAGUCACUUUCCCCUGUGUCCUCCUGCUUCCGUGGCUUUCGUCCUCCUCCUCUCUACGGCGUCACCUCCGACGCUGGCCCAACCGCCGUUCCCCGCCACCCGUGACCGGUGUCGCCGCCGCUCAUCCCUCUAAACCCCCAGCCCCCUUUCCGGCGAGCGGCUGCUCUGUCUUCCAUUAAUCGACUGAACAAAUUUUUUUUCAAUCGACUACGGCGUUGCUCAGUACAGUACUCCGUUUACUGGGAAUCAGUCUGCUAGAGACGGUGCUGGCCAUGGUCGCGCCGCAGGCCGAGCUCCUCGCCCCCAAUCGCCGCCGAAUUCCCGUCGGUAAGAAGCCAUUGAGCGACCCCGACGGGCUGGGCGUGCGUGCUCCCGGAGGCGUCACCUGGUAGCGCGGCCUUUGGGGGUUCCGGAUCCAUGGCGGGCGGCGACAGCUUUGGCUGCUGCGGCGGCCUUGUCGAGGGUUUCUGCGGCCUUGCUCAGGUUUUCCUGGCUCCUCGGGGGCGUCCGUCUGCUGGAAUCCUCGCCAGGAGGCCCGGCGAUCCGUUCUUGAGUUCUUCUCAGGCUGGGUGGGCGGUGUCGCCGCGGGAUGUGGAGGUCCGCUGCGACAUGGAACGCUCUUCCGGAGCGGCGAGGAUGCUGCGUUUUGAUUAUCGGGAGGAGAACCUGCCCCCCGCGGCCAGGAACUCGCCGGCGGCGGCGGGCGAUCUGUGCUCGAGUUCUUCUAUGGUUGGGUUGACAUCGUGGGAUAUGGAGAUCAUGGCCGAGACGGAGUACUCUCUCCCAGUGGCACGGCAGCUGCGUUCUGCUGGUCAGGAUGAGGGCUUGUUGUCCCCAAUGGUCAGGAAUUCGCCGGCGGAGGCGCCACCGCAGCCGAAGGGCAUGGCCGGUGGCGUUGAAGACGACGACGACGACGAUGACUGCGUGAUUCUGGACAGUGAUCCUUUCAGCGCGGUCGCCGUGAAUGAUGAGAAGGACGGCGGCUCGGAUGAGGAGCUGCAGAUAGUCGCGGAGAAAGGCAAGGUAGCAUGCAGGGACUUCCCACACUCGCGCCAUUUAUGUUCUAAUAUGCCCUUCGGCGCUACCUCUCACGAGAAACAUUGUGCCAUGUGCUACUGUUUUGUGUGUGACGCCCCAGCUCCAUGCAGUCAUUGGGGUAAGGGUCUCUCGGUUGGCGAUCAUUGUCACGCCACGGAUAAGGAAACCAAGUGGAAAAUGCUGAGGGAGGCAUUCAGGUGCAGAAAUCUACCAGCGUCUCAUCCAGAAACAGAAACUGCUGUGCACCCAGCAAUGGUGUCGCUCGGCCGCCUUUUUCUUAGCAAUCAGAUUUCUCUUCAGGAUGUUGUGACCCAAAACCGAAACACACAUACUUCAGUUAGAGCCUCACUGAGUGUAGCACCGAUUGUCAAUGCGCCAAGAGAGGGAAGUGGUACAGGCAGUGCUCACACUGCUCAAGUUACCCGCCUAGGAGAGCCAACUGUCAGUGCACCAAGGGCACACCCUGUGGCAGGAGCUGGAAGAGGUACAAGCAGCACUCACACUGCUCAAAUUUCUGCCCCAAGAGCAUUCUCUGCAACAGGAGUUGGAAGAAGUGGUACAAGCAGUGCCCACAGUGCUCAAGUUACUCGCCUAGUAGAGCCAACUGUCAAUGCACCAAGGCCACACCCUGAAGUGGGAGCUGGAAGAGGUACAAGCAGCACUCACACUGCUCAAAUUACUCACCCAGUAGAGCCAACUGUCGGUGCAGCAAGAGCAUACUCUGCAGCAAGAACUGGAAGAGGUACUAGCAAUGCUCAGUCUGCUCAAAUUACUCGCACCGUGGAGCAAACUGUCAGUGCACCAAGAGUAUACCCUGCGGCAGGAGCUUCAAGCAAUGCUCACUCUGCUCAAAUUACGUACCCUGCCACUGCAGGUGGCUACCUCCCGGAGCCCGAUGCGCCGGAGGGGGCCACGAUGUACGUCGGGAACCUACCCUACCACAUUGACAAUGAGAGACUCAAGCUAAGCUUCCAAGGUGCUGGGGUCGUCCUGUUCUCAAAGGUCAUUUAUGACAGAGAAACAGGCCAGAGCCGUGGAUUUGGGUUUGUCACCAUGAGUACUGUUCAGGAGGCUGAGAAGGCUGUGAGGAUCUAUCAUGGCUCUGGGAUGUAUGGCAGGCCUCUGACUGUAAAAAUCGCAGCUCCUAGAGGAGGCGCCCGGGUGGAUGCCCCUCGCCGUCAAUCCGGUUCCCCACUCAGAAUAUUCGUAUGCAAUCUGCCGAGUCAAGUGGACAACUCUCGGCUGGAGGAGCUGUUCAGCAAGCAUGGCAAAGUGGUUGAUGCAAGAGUUGUCUAUGAGCGCCGAGAAGGGGCCUCGUGUUCGAGGGGAUUUGGCUUCGUCACAAUGGCGACCGACGAGGAAUCGUACAAGGCGAUACGCGCCCUCAACAAGCAGAUUCUGGAGGGAAAUGCCCUGGGAGUGAAGGUUGCAAGGGAGCGGGCAGACCCAGUCUGCCUCCCUCUUAGCAACCGGAUUCCUCCUCAGAAUGCUGUCAGUCCAAACCAACACGCACAUACUUCGGUUGGAGCCUCGCUGAAUGUAGCGCCAACUGUCAGUGCCCCAAGAGCAUACCGUAUAACAGGAGCUAGAAGUAGUACAAGCAAUGCUUCCACUGCGCAAGUUACUCACCGACUAGACCCAACUGUAAAUGCACCAAGGCCGGGAGAAUAUGAGAUCCCCUCUAGUUGAUUGGCCUUUGCUCUUUUACCUAAUUGUUCCUCUAUGGGCCCCAAUGCCUAUGCACUAUACUCCUCAGAAGCCAGUAUAUAGAAUAUUUGUCCUCAGUUUCCUGUUGCUCUCACAGAAAUGUGAAUGGAGUACAAGGAUAUACAUGGACCUCGAGCCUGCCUAGAUCAUUGAGUUUGAGAACAUGAACCCUACAUUGUUCUCAAGUUUGAGCCUUGUUGAAGAAAUGCGCUACUUGCGAUGGAACAUAUUUGAGACAUAUUGUUGAUUGUUGGCAGUGGGAACAUUAUAAAGAAGCAUCCACACCAGUAUGCUUGGUUAACUCAUGCUUCACACUUUCACAGGAUCAAUGGCAAUCUAAAUAGCAGCAGUACUACCAAUGGCCCUGCAAGGAAAUGCCCUGCUGUCAUGAUGGCUGGAUGUAUGCCGAGGAAGAUUUUGUUUAAUGAGGUAAAAAGCUGGAACCAUUUUAAAGAAAAGCAUGAUGGCUGUUGUGUAUGAGCACUACUUGUUGGAAAGAAGAAUAUACUGCUCACCCUAUACACCAAGUCGUUUGUAGAUACUAUAUGUUUCAUCGUAUUAUCACCCUAAGAACAAGUACAUGUUCUCUAUUCUGUUAAUCUAGAAAGUCCGAUCAGGUGUUGCCUUAUACUGCAAACAACUCUAUUUGUAUCAAAAUUCUACGAAUAUUUCAUACCAUUUGAAUAAAAGAAUAGCGAACCAACCUGUGGUUGGAUGGUU